AUGUCUCAUUCAACAGAUCAGCUCUUCUUUCUCAAAGAUGUUCAGGACCUUUAUCGCACGAUUGAUUCUUCGACUGAUGGUCAAGCUUCCAUAGUGUCCGUGAACGAAUUGUCGGUGGUUGUGUCGUUGAAUCCCAAAUUUGGUCGCAAUGCACACGCUUCGUUUAUUGUCAAUGUGAAUAUUUUUGAAGAAUGUCAUUUCAACUGGUUAGUUGUGAAAUUUUCGUUGAAGCAUUUAAAUUUUAGCUGUUACAAUCUUUUGGAUGUGAUCAAGGCCCUCAUUUACCUCAUUGAAUAUCCAAAUUUUGAGUCAGCAAACAACGCAUUCGCAUCUGAUGAGAAGCUGUUUGACGAAAAGACAUUGCGGCUGCUGGCAGGUCUGCGUGUAAAUGGGCGGCGGUUCGCGCCUAACCAAGCCUGGUGUGAGUGGGCAGAGGCCAAUGGAUGCCUGCCUGUCGAUGACGAAGGGCUUGAAGAUGAUUUGGACGAUGACGAAGGCGCAGUGCAUGUGGAGGCCCAAAAGGAGCCGAACUACCACAAUGAGUCUCUACCUGGUAGUUGUUUUUGUAUUUUUCACGUGUGCUUUACUUUGAAUUUUAUUUGUCUGCAGGUUGAGGCAGAUGAGAAGGCCCAUCGCCGCUUCUCGGAUGCUUCCUCUGAAACCUUUCCUUCUUUCGCCAAAAUUCGAUUCUCUCUGGAUUCUCUGAGUAGCACGUCAUUGUGGACAUGCUACACGCAGGAUUACCCUUGCAGCUACUUUAACACGCAGCGCAUUCUCAUUAGCCAACCAAGUAUGAACACCAAACCUUCACCUCCUUCGGUAUUCUACUACGGCGAGCUCCUUGGUAACCCUGACUAUCGAGGUGAACUGGGUGAUCACUACAGCACACUGUUCACUGGCGACGUUUUGCACGCCAUGCAAGUCCACCCCGAAUCCAGACAAACCUCCUCUCCUUGUCCCUGGUACCACUAUUUUAUCAGUUCCCACCAGUCCUACUGGACCAACGAUUCUGUCUUCAAUCUGACCAAUCUGUUCACAUUCACGGAACAACGGAGGCCUUGUGGAAGUAAUUUUUCACUUGAUGACGAUGAUGGUGAAAAUUUGGUUCAGCUCUCGAGUAAAGAACUAGAAUAUUCUCCACAAAUUUUCAAAUCACAUGAGAUUGCCUUUGAUGCUGAAUAUGAAGAAGAAAAAGAAAUUGAGAUGCAAAAUAUGCCUGUCAAUGGUGCCUCGUCACCGACUUCGUCGACAACUUAUCACUGCUCACUUUUCGAAUAUCGACCUCCCAAAAACUCCUGGAGGUGUUUUUAUGAUUUCAAUGAAGCAGCCAUAUCAAUGAAUGUUCAGUUGCGUCCACGGUGGCAUUGGAUGUUUCGUCAGACACGAUGGCCUCUUCGAUUUGCGCCACAGCAGAAUAUCGAGCUAUCCAUGAAUGGAAUCAGAAUCCCGCCUUGGCGAGCGAGUGCCGGACGACCGCUGUCGGAUGUCAGUAGAUUUUGUUCAGAACACCGUGAGAUGAAGAACCUUGUUCUUCUUGACCCCAUGGCUUUGUCACCGCUCUCGCCACUGCUCAAUCUGAUGCGACUCUCCGUGGAACCAAAGGCUCACCUGACUGGUGUUCUGUGGAUGACCCCAGUUGACGCCCUUUCCCCCUUCUACCGAGUUCCAAUUCCUCAUAAAGAUGAAGAGGUGGAUGAGCACGUCUAUCCGCAACCGGGUUAUUUGCGAUUCCUCACUUUGACCGCCUUUGUGUCCAAUUGGAUGGCCUGGUUCUCUCGAAUCGAGGCAUACUCGUCAUUGGGCAUAUCUCGUCACCAGCCAUCCCUAAUGUGUGAGUCCAUGUCGGGAUUUGUGUUGGUGCCUUGGAGUUUGGGAUGCGGACAGUCGCCACUUAUUGAUUUGUGGCCCCUUUGGUUGGGUAGGAGACUGCUGAACCUCCUUCUCUGUUUUCCACCAACUAGUGGUAGGGCCAUCUCGCGACAUUUCUUCCCAUUCACAGAUUUGGAUGAGAUAUGA